GGGAGGGCAGCUCUCACCCUGGCUGAUAGUUCUGUGGUCUGGAUCUAUCUACUAGAUGAAUUCUGUUGGAAGAUGAAACACGGCAGGUUUCUGGCUAGCCUGAUACUGGCUGUCCUUCUCUUCCAAGUGAGCCCCGUUGAAGUGGAGGAGCUUGAGGACAAAGUGUUUGUGAACUGCGACAACAACAUCACGUGGAUAGAGGGAAUGAGGGGAGACCUGAUAAGCAACAGAUAUCUGAACUUGGGAAAACGCAUCCUGGACCCACGAGGACUGUAUAAAUGCAAUGGGACAUACAACAACAACCCUGUGUCUACUUUGCAAGUAUAUUACCGAAUGUGCCAGAACUGUGUGGAGCUGGACUCGGCUACACUGGCUAGCAUUGUUGUCACUGACAUCAUCGCCACUCUGCUCCUUGCUUUGGGAGUCUAUUGCUUUACUGGACAUGAGACUGGAAGGCUUUCUAGGGCUGCUGACACUCAAGCUCUAUUGAGGAAUGACCAGCUCUAUCAGCCCCUUCGAGAUCGGAACGAUGCUCAGUACAGUCGUCUUGGUGAAAACUGGCCUCGGAACAAGCGAACCUGAGACUUGUGGUUUAUAAGAGCUUCACUUAUGGACUGUACCUUCUCUUCUUGCUCAACCAAUAAAGAUGUCCUCUCUUACUCA